GGGGCGGUGGCGGGACGAUAGAAUAAACGAAAGUCAUGCAACGCUCCUGCCAACUCGUGAUAGCCUCUAUAGCGUUCACUGCCGCUACGCGGCUCCUUCGGGGUCCCGUCCGGGCUCUAAUGUCCUCGCUAAUACCGUCGCCUUUACCGUACUUAGCCUUAAACCGAUCUAGGUCUUAUACCUCUGUAAAUUUAGACCGUGGCUACCAGUCGGGAUCCGUAUAGCCUUUCUAUUUUAUUAACAACUGUCGCACCUAGCCCCGGCCGACUCGCUUCUUCUCCGCGC